AUGCCUGCUCUCCCCACCACAACCCCAAUCAGCCAGCAUGACCACAACCGCCGCCGCCUCGAUUGGCCGCUAAUCUGGGCCGUCAUCUGCGUCGCCAGCAUCCUCGUCUUCCAAAUCCUACUCAUACUCUGCUGCAUACGCGUGGCGAUUUCCCGCAGCAAAGCGCGGUGGGCCCGCCUCCGAGACCAAGGCGUAGUCGUUGUCGAUGGCCCCACGCUCAUCUGGAUGGAUACAAUGCCGCCUGCGCCUACCGUGUCGACGUUCAAUUUAAGACAGAUGGUGAGGUGGGCUGAGGAGAGAUCGUAG